GCGGAGGCCAUCCCGCCCCGCGUCUCCCUCCCGUGACCUCCUUCUUCCCUCUCGCAGUCCUGCCCCUCGCCGGCUCCGCCUCUCGCCCCGGGGCUUCUUUUCUCAGCAAAACGUCCCGCUUCCCGGAGCAGAGCGACGCCGUCCGCGCUCGGCGACGAUGGACUUUUGGGCGAUGGCUCCGGAAGGCGAGCGGCUCUUUUCCUGGGCGCUUGCCCUGCUCGCCGCGCUCGCCACGCUGCUGUCUGUCUGGGUCGCCCGCUUGGUGUUCGAUCAUUACUGGAAAUACAAGGAGCUGAAGCCCAUCCCGGGGAUCAGUCCCUGGUACCCGCUGCUGGGCAAUGCGCUGCUCUUUGAACGCGGUGGGGAAGCUUUCUUUAAACAGUUGAUCGAUUACACUGCGUUGUUAUGGAAUACCCCACUACUACAGCUCUGGGUAGGACCACUGCCCUUUAUUAUCUUAUAUCAUCCAGAAACCGUAGAGGUUGUAUUGAGUAGCUCUAAGCAUAUUACAAAAUCCGAUCCUUACAAGUUUCUGCAUCCUUGGCUGGGCACAGGGCUUCUAACGAGCACUGGGGGCAAAUGGCGGUCCCGAAGGAAAAUGUUAACGCCCACCUUCCAUUUCACCAUUUUAGAAGAUUUCCUUGAAGUGAUGAAUGAACAAGCCAAUAUCCUUGUUCAGAAACUUGAAACACAUGUGGACAAAGAGCCGUUUGAUUGCUUUUUCUACAUCACAUUGUGUGCCCUUGAUGUAAUCUGUGAAACGGCUAUGGGCAAGAACAUAGGAGCACAACACAAUAAGGAUUCCGAGUAUGUCCGAGCUGUCUACAGGAUGAGCGAUCUGAUUCACCACAGACAGAAGUCUCCCUGGCUCUGGCCUAACCUUCUAUACCUCAUGUUCCAAGAAGGGAGAGAACAUUACAGGAGCCUAAAGAUACUUCACACCUUUACCGAUAAUGUUAUUGCAGAAAAAGCUCGUGAAUUAAAAAACCAGGAGCGACAUAAAAGCAAUGCUGUCAGCAACGGUGAUCAAAGCAAGCGCAAAGUCAGGAGAGCUUUUCUCGAUAUGCUUCUGAAUGCCACCGAUGACGAUGGGAAGAAGUUGAGCUACCUGGACAUCCGAGAGGAAGUGGAUACAUUCAUGUUUGAGGGUCAUGAUACUACCGCUGCUGCCAUGAAUUGGUGCAUUUACUUGCUUGGGUGUGAUCCAGAAGUCCAAAGAAAAGUUCACCGUGAACUGGAUGAAAUUUUUGGGGACUCCGAUCGUUAUGUUACCAUGGACGAUUUGAAGCAACUACGGUAUCUGGAUUAUGUUAUUAAAGAAGCUCUUCGCCUCUUUCCUUCCGUUCCAUUUUUUGCCCGUACACUGAGUGAGGAAUGUUAUAUAAGAGGGUUUAAGGCACCAAAAGGGGUUGAUGUCAUAAUUGUGCCCUAUGCACUGCAUAGAGACCCUGAAGUCUUCCCAGACCCUGAGGAAUUCAGACCUGAGCGAUUUUUCCCUGAGAACACAGCUGGGAGGCACCCAUAUGCAUAUGUACCUUUCUCUGCUGGGCCCAGGAAUUGUAUUGGUCAGCGCUUUGCACAGAUGGAAGAAAAGGCUAUUUUAGCCACCAUUCUACGGCGCUUUUGUGUUAAAAGUACGCAGCAACGUGAUCAACUCGGCCCUGUAGGAGAACUGAUUCUUCGUCCAAAUAAAGGCAUCUGGAUUCAGUUGAAAAGGAGAUCGUCUUCUAGCUCUUAAAAUAAGAAACACUGCAUUUGGACUACCUUAAGAAGAAACACUUGAUUUUCACAGUAGGACAUUUCAGACUGCCCAGCCCUACUAGGACUUCUUUUUGUUAACCAAAAUUGUGCUGUUGCCUUUAAAAAGUCAGCAGCUGCAAUCCAGAAGCUGAUGCUUCUUCAGUUGAUGGGAUAUUCCAAAUGACUUGGUAAUUCUUAGGCUUCGACCUAGGUUGCACUAGCUGAUUUUUCUUAUCCUAAAGAAAAUGAGCAAUUUGUUUUAUUCUUUAAAACUCCUUUAUUCAUUAUUUAUGCACAUAAGUAGGGAAAUAUAGAUACUGAAGUAUUUUAAGGAUGUAUGACUAUAAUAAUAAAAAGUAUGAAUGAAAU